AAACAGCUCAGAUCAUUGAUUUGGACAUAUUAAGAGAAAGUAAAAAAAAAUUGCAUAUAAUUCGACAGCCAGCAGUACUGGUGCUAGAAACAUUGAAUAUUUUAUCGGUUUCUGCCUAAUAACUUAUUCCACAAGCAUUAGAUCGUUUCAUCGUCGAGACAUGAUUUCCUGCAUAGAUUUCCUAUGAAAAGCUUAUCGAUUUAUUUUUAGGGUUAUCAGUAUAUAUAACAUAACAGGACCUCCUUCCCAUGGACAAGUAUUCGCACCCUAAAAACUCGUAAAUUAUUUCUAACUCACUAAAACUGCAGCUCAUUAUUAACAUUGUCCAGAUCUUCUUACAUUGGUCCGAUCCACUAACAAUUUUUUGUUAAAUCUUUCGAAUAAUCAAAAUAUUGAAAAGGCUGGGAACCCUAUAUCGUAUUUGAUAUUUUUGAAGCAAUAAUAAAUAUUUUAGAGCACAUGAUCGAAUUAUUAUAAAUUUAUCGCUAAUGCUGACCUGAUUUCGCCUCACAAAAACAAACUGAUUCAUUCACGACUCCAGUAUCCAAUAGCUUCCACAAACAGCACCGUAAAUCAUGUUACGAAACGUAUAUUAAAUAUCAAACGCAGCGAAGAAAUAAAACACACAACAACCAAUCAGGCUUCGUUUAGUGAGUUAGGUUAGUUCGUUGGUUGUUUUGGUCCAACGAUAGAAGAUCUUCAUAACGAUUAUUAUUCAAACGGAGUCGAUGUGAGUACCACCUACCGACUACACGCGAGCAAACCGAAUUCAUCCGAUGAACUGCACUCACGCUCUCCACUAUCCGACGAAAGCUCGUGUAAAGACCUGGGGAAGUAGCGCAACUCGACUGGGACUCCGGUGUGCCAAACGGCCACAGACCGGAGUGAACCGUGCACUGGACCGGAUCGUGUUUUGCUAGUUUCCUCCGUACCGACCGUGUUCCGUAGAUCAGCUGGAGCGCGCGAACGUUUACGUGAUCGUUGGUUUCGACUCGAGUCUUCAGUCUUUCCCAUCCAACUAGGAACGGCGCAGACGCGCGGGAACUUUGCAAGCCGUAGCGGAUCUUGAAAAAAAAGUGUUGUAGGCAACAGUACUCGAUUCCGUGGAAUGGGAUGUAAGUGCGAGGAGGGAUGGUGAUGCACCUUCCGGAGGGGGCAACGUGCCAGCCGCAGUGAAACUCGUUUUGUCUCUAUAUAGCGCGAAAGAAGCAAAGGUGAAAUGAAGGAAGUGAGUGAAAAAUCGCUGCUGUCCAGUUGAGAGUGAAAGUGAUUGUACGAGCAACGAAAGAGGAAAGGUCAUCUCUGGUUGUUGACUGCUGCUCGGUUUCGCUUGUGAAGCGACGGACGGUGCAGGAGGAAUGCGAAGGUUGUGUGGAAUUUUAUGCAACUUUGUCGGAAAAGCGGAUGCAUCGCAUCGCAAAGGAGGGGAAGACGGUGGGCAUGACUUUCGGCAACAGGUGGGAUUCGCUAAAUGUGGGAAAUGCAAGAGAACACGUGGGAUAGUGCACGUUGUUUAAGCGAUUGGUAAAUCGUUCGGUCUUGAGGGACUAGCGUUGUUAUUUGUUCCCAAUUGAGGAAAUAACAGUUAUAUAAAUGCCUAAUUUGACCUUCGACAUUUUCAACGAAAUUUAACAAUUAACUAUAUAACAGCGAGUCAUCUAUAGAUUUUUUAUAUUGCACAGAAAGUUGUCUAAAUAAUGAAAUAAAUAUUUUCCAUAAACUCAGCAAUUCCAUGAAGAAUAAACUGUCUAAAGCUUCGUCCUCCGACGAGUAUCUUCUUAUUACAUCUUAUUUUUUAUUUUAUUUCUUGAAUAUUUCAACACCGAGUCGAAUGCUUCCCAUCAUGUAUUGGAGCUUUGAAGAUACAAAUGAUUACUAAACUUGCUUUAAGAAAAAUCAUACCUGUUGCUUUAAGCCCAUCAAACCCAUUUUGUCCGUUCUUAUGAGGAAACUUCACCAUCAAAUAACAGUUCAGCAACGCAUAACAAUGUGUGACUUUAAAUGUAAAAUUUAUAUUCAAUAAAACGAAAAAAAUGAAGACAAAUUUUCACAUUAAAGCCGAAAAAAGAAACAAAAAAUGAAAGUAUGUUCAAUGCGUAAACCCUUUGAAUAAUUAAUUCCGUUCAAGUGUGUCACCAUUCAUAAUGAAGUCAUCACUCAAAAUGGGUUGAUCGCCGUUUUACCUACGUGAUAUGUUACACGUGUAUUGCUGUCGAAGAGAAAGAAGUACAUACUUGAAUGUUUGUGUUCUGAAAAACUGACUGAAAAACGAAAAUUGUGCGUAACGUGUGUGUGUGUGUGUUAAUAGCAUCGACUCAACUCUGACCUACCGGAGUACUUCCGUGUCUGAAUCAAGAACAGGCAAAUUGGAUUCUAAUGUUCAACGAAGGAUAGGUAAAUUAACGGACGCGGCGACUGCACACUUUAUAAAAGGAAGAAGGCGAACUCGAAUAAGCAACAGAAUGGACGACAAUGAGAACUAUUUGGAGUACUCCAAAAUGAACUUCUCCCAGUUUUCGUCACCGUUCGGCGGGGCACUGGCAGCGAACCAGUUUGCAGCAGCAAAAUUUCCUCCGAAUCUCACCACGACCAACGGGCAGGUUCUCGGACUGGUAUCCGGUGCGGACGGCGGCAUGCAGUUCCUGCGGCCGAUGGAUGGGAACGCGAUGGCAGCUGCAACCGCCUUCCAGCAGCAGCAACAGGCAGCGGCAGCAGCUGCCGCUAACAUGCAGCAAGCCACACCCGCCUACAUUACCCUUCCCAUCACCAUGCCCGGGGCGAAACCAGGCGACGCACAGCAAACGGUACAGAUCCAGGUGCUGAAUCCGAACCCGAUGCCUCAACCAACGCAGCAAGCACCCAAAUUUCAAAUGAGUCAGAUGCAGAUACCGAUUCAAGGGUUUCAGCAGGGAACAACCGUACUGACGGUUGCCUAUGGACCGCAGGACGAAGAAUUGAUGCACAAUCAUGGUCUUCCCGAAGGAAUGACUAUCGUGGCCGCCUUACAACCGCAAGACCUGCAACUGCUAGCACAAGCUCAGAACGCCUCGCUCCUCCAGCAACAGCAUCACCAUCAACAACAUCACCAGCAGCAGAUUCAGAAUCACGAUCCACCUAUCCACCCGAACAUAAAAAUCGAAAACGACCAACCUCCACCUAUGCGACAAAUAAAACAGGAAACAGUUUGGAACAGUAUUCCGAAUCUCACUGCAGCUCCAGCCUUCGGUGCUGACAUCGCCGAAUUCCUGCAGCAACGAGGUCAAAGUCUCAACCUGCAACCGUUUCUCAAGUUUAACAAUAACAAUAAUAACGAACCCAAUGUACCUUUGGCCCACGGUGACCAUUUAAUCGGCGGGUCCAUACCAAACACCCCGGGAACGACCUUCAUCAAACGAGAGAUCGUCGAAGAAAACUCCAAUGACAACACGCAGUUUGGAGCCGACAGUAGUCAAGCGGACAGCAGUUUUAAGGAUACCAGUAGCAUAUCGGGAGACACCACCAGCAGUACUGUGCACGAAACAUCCUCGACGCCAACGACAGCAGCAGCGACCUCCACAACUGCCCACGGUGAAAAUGGUACCCUCACGACGGCGAAGGCUCGCAAAAAGCGAAAGUACAAAUCAAAACCUCCGAAGCCGAAACGGCAGAAACCGGGACAAGUGCACAUCACCACCGCGUUGGACGGGACGGUUCUGUUCUGCUGUCCCGAAUGCCACAUGGCUUACCCGGAGAAGGAGUGCCUUGAACAGCACCUGGCGGUGCACAAGAUCGAACGAAGGUUUAUCUGUGACAUCUGCGGAGCAGGUUUGAAACGGAAGGAACAUCUGGAACGGCACAAACUUGGACACAACCCGGAGCGACCGUACAUCUGUAGUGUGUGCCUAAAGGGUUUCAAACGGAAGGAACAUUUGAACCUGCAUUUCGUAAUUCAUAGUGGGGUGAAGACGGAGAUUUGCGGCGACUGUGGGAAAGGUUUCUACCGAAAGGAUCACCUCCGUAAACACAUAAAAUCGCACAUGACGAAACGACUGAAGGAAGAAUUGUCUACCAACGGAAACGGCUCGUCUGGACGCAGCAGCAACAACAACAACACUAGCAAUAACAGUAGCAAUAGUAACAACAACAACAAUAACCUGGACAACAACGUAUCGACGACGUCGAGUUCGACACCAGGGACACUUGCGCUACCGGCAGGUAUUCCACCCGGUCUGACGAUAACCACUAGUACAAACUCAAUGCAGAAUCACAACCCACAUCCUCACCCUUCACCUCUAACGCAAGGCAUAUGUUUACCGCAAGGUGUUACAAUACAUGUCCCGACGGCGGAUAAUCAAACGCUGCCUGUGCAAAUCUCGCUCCCGCAUCUGGUCGCCCAACAGCAGACAGCAUCGGACGGUACCACCAGUACCGUUCUGGUGCCAGCUUCCGAAGCCCUGCAACAUCACUCGAACAGUGUCCAGUAGCAUUAGUAUCAGCUGAUGGCUGUUGGAUGAUGAUAGUUAACCUGGAUACGAUCGUCAGCUGCAACCAAGUGUGUGCUGGCAUAAUAAACGGCGUUUCUUAUUCCUGUGGGACAGACCAACCAAAAGUGUACGCUGAUAGACCACUCUUUCGGCUGGCGAAAGAAUCGACCCGAAUACUCAUAUAUUUUAUUUUACUCGCUAGGACAAUUUUUUGCUUAAUCUCCUGAGAGAGAACCGAGCAGCAUGCAGCAGCGAAUCCCAAAAGCAGCUAAUAUCGUAGAGUAUUGUAUUGUUCUUCUUCAAUAGGGAAGCUAUUAAGACAAACGUGCAUUUGUUGGAAUCUUGUCUGAUUCAAGAUUAUGUUUUCUGUGUCGUAAUAAUUCUGUUUGCAGAGUAGAGGUAUGUCCUGCAAUCAGGCAACUGUGAAACUCGUAUGAACCAUAUAAAUUUACCUACCAUUGUUGUUUCUGUUUUAAAGUAUAUGUUUUCGUAGUAUUUAAUAUUUUUACCCUCCAUUAUUUAUUAGGCACUUGAAAGUAAUUAGCAUUAUUCACAUGUUGUUAUCUCCUUUACUCUCAUCACCAAUCGAACUAUUUUAAUUAUAUUUAAAUUAUUUAUUAUGUCGUCAAACGCCUCAACGCGGCGGUUGCGAAGGGAAUCCUCAUUUUUUAGAACACACAACCCGCCAGUUUGUUGAAUCUAUUGUACAGCGAACCUUGUGAGUAUAGGAGAAGGACAAACACACAAUGAGUUUAACUAGUUUUAAGUCACACGCUGUACGAAAGUAUUUAUCGAAACAAAGUUAUAACGGUAAGCGGACCGAGUAUACCGUGUUCAAAACAAACAGGAAUCAAAAGGUAUAGAAAAUUUGAUACAAAAGUACCAUUUUGUACUGUACAUAAUUGAUAUUUUUCGAUAUUUUCUUGAAAAUGUUGAAAGUAGCAACAGAAAAGUAUAAAUAUAAA